UUUGCCCCCAGUCCCACCACUCGCUCUGGAACCUGGAAAGAGAGGCAGAGGGAAGAUUUAUAAAUCUCCAGCACCAGGAGGUCAGACUACGGGUCACGAGAAAGCUCCGCAGAUCCCCGCCGUUCGUCGCCUCCGUUCCCCGGCCAAUUCCUCGCCGGAGAUGCCUCACUAGUGGAGGAGGAUGGGCUGCUGCUUCAGCAAAAAGGAGGCUUCUUCUUCGGGCAAGGCGGCCUCCCCUGUCCGCCAACGAAGAAGUCCUCCGCCGACGGAGCCUGAGGCGCCUCAGGAGGAGACUGUGAAGGAGGUGCUCUCGGAGACGGCGAAGCCGAGGGCGAGGCCAAGGGAGGAAGCGAAGGAGGAGGAGGUGGGGAUCGCGAAGUGUUUGAAGGCGGGUCCAGGUCUUAACCCCAUCAACGACGGCUACAAUGAGAGGUUCGAGGAGAACUCUGAGGUCUGCAGCGUGAGCGAGGGCUUCUCCGUCUCAACGACGGUGACGGAGAAAAGAGGAGGGGAGGAGGGGGACGCGGAAGAGGUGGAGGUGCAGGGUGAGACCAGGAGAACGAGAGAGGAGAAAUCGCCGGCGAGGCUUCAGCGGAAGCGCUCCGUCUCCGGCGGGAUUGCUCGGAACAAAGAGAGGAGCGCCGGCGUCGGCGUCGGUUGCCGCAGUGGGAGGGCCUCUCCGUCGCCGGUGAAAAGGAGGGAGGGGGCCGUCGGGCGGACGUAUUCCGCCAGGGAGGCGGGGCAAGGGCGGGUGGCGAGGAGCCGUGUUCCGGCCGAGAACGGGUUCCGCAAAGACCCCGGGGAGAGGUCCGGCAGGAGGUCAAUAUCUCCUGCGGCGAAACGGGCGGCGGAGCUGCGAAAUGCCACAGCCGGUGGCCAAUGCAAGGUCGUGCCGGCGUCGAGGGCGAACGGCCGGGCAUCGCCGAGCAGAAUACCACCCGUGGCGGCGGCGGCGGCGACGGCGACGGCUGAUGGGGAUGGAAAGAGGUUGCAGGAGGCGAGCGGCGGAGACGGCGGCGAGGGGAAGGAGUCGCUGGAGAAUCCCCUCGUCUCCCUGGAGUGCUUUAUCUUCCUCUAGUCCCUUCCCCUCUUUGUAGUGACCCAGGUUUGCAGUCUCCGGUUUAACAAAUUUAAGGUUCAUGCUCUUAAUUUAGGAAGAAGAUAGCGAGCGGUAUCUUGUUAGGCUCAGCAUUUUGAAAUCCUUGGGGAGGAAAUGAAGCAAGAAAAGGGAAAGGGAAUAGAGAGAGGGAAAAACGUUUGAUCUUGAUCGUACGCCCUAAAUGUAUUGAACGUCCUUACGAUGGACACGUCACCUGUUAUUAUGUGUCUAACCUUAGUUGCUCUGUUUUACAUGGGACAACUUUAGUA